UGUCUCCUCUGAGGAGGAUCCUGAAGGUUCUUGCUGUGUCAACACUAUAAUAGAUCAUCGGACUGAAGACUGAGAACCGAAACUCUGCCGCGGGUCAUGGCGGUCUCUCAGGUGACCCCCGUUCUGUUCCUCAGCGGUCUGGACUCGGCCCUGAACCCGGCCGUCCUCUCCAGCAGGAACAUCUCGCUCAUCGUCAACGCCAGCGGUCUGGACGUGGUCUACCCCCCGCUGGACGGCAUGCAGGUCCUCCAGGUCCCGGUCCAGGACCGACCCCAUGCCCCGCUGGGACACUACUUUGACCCGGUGGCUGAGCGGAUCCACCAGAACCAGACGGGGAGGACUCUGGUCCACUGCAGCGCCGGACGGAGCCGAUCCCCGAGUCUGAUCAUGGCCUACCUGAUGAGGUUUGAAGGUCUCAGUCUCCGGCGGGCUCAUGAGGUGGUUCUGGACCAGCGUCCCUUCAUCAGACCCAACGCGGGUUUCUGGAGGCAGCUGAUGGACUACGAGAGGACGCUGUUCGGACGGAACUCCAUGAGGAUGGUGAGGACGGCCAGCGGCGUGCUGCCGGAGGCUCUGAGGGACUCGGAGGAAUCGAACCCUGAACCAGAGUACUGUCUGAACGUCUGAUAGAGGAGGAGGAUCCUCAGGGUCCAGGACAGACUUUAGGUCCGUUGUUUGUCUUCAUCACCAUUUAAUAUCUAAACAUCAGACUCUAAAGACGCUCUCACUUCCUGUCUGGAGGAGAGCUCAGCUCAGCAGCGCCUCCUCCUCCAGAACCAGGACUGAGCGGGUCAGACUGUCAGACCCUGCUGCAGUAAAAUGAGGUUUUCUAAAGGGACUCUGGUGGAGGAACAGUACCACUGUAGUCCACAGGGGGCGCCAGGA